AUGGCUAUGAGUUUGGAUAUUGAAGAACUUUUAUCUGAUUCAGAUGAAGAACUUUUAUCUGAUUCAGAUGAAGAACUUUUAUCUGAUUCAGAUAAAGAGGAUUUUCAACAAUUAAUGACAAUCUAUAAUUGCAUAGGAGCUAUUGAUGGAACUCAUGUAUCAGCACGUGUACCACAAGAUCAACAGAUUCCAUAUCGUGGGAAAAAAGUUGAGCCUACAAUGAACGUAAUGUGUGCUUGCUCAUUUGACAUGAAAUUCACAUUUGUGAUGGCUGGAUGGGAAGGUACGGCAAAUGAUUCAAGAAUUUUUUGGGAAACAAUUACAAAUAUUGAACAGACUAAGUUUCCUAUGCCUCCUGUGAGAAAAUAUUAUCUAAUUGACUCGGGGUACACAAAUAUGCCCGGUUUUCUUUCACCGUAUCGUGGAGAACGAUAUCAUUUGCGUGACUACAGGGGAACAAUGAGACCACAAGGUCCGGAGGAGAUAUUUAAUUAUACACAUUCUUCGUUGCGUAAUGUUAUUGAAAUAUGUUUUGGGGUUUUGAAAGCUAGAUUCCCUAUUCUCAGAGAUAUGCCUCCAUAUGAUUUAAAAAGACAAACGUAUAUAGUUUUAUCAUGUUCCGUUGUCCACAAUUUCAUAAAAAUGUGUAAGGAUGGAGAUCCCUUGUUCACACAUUAUGCAGAUGAAAAUGUUGAACUUGAAGAUGAUGGAUUAGCCAAUGGAUCUGAAGAAUUAGUGACUCCUAGUGUUAGUCAAAGUGAACUUCGUAGAAUGGCGGAGUUUCGAGAUCGUUUAGCAAAACGAUUGUGGGAAAGACAAAUUUCUCAAUGA